AUGCAUAUUCUAGUGUUCGGGGCUACAGGUGCUAUCGGCUCUAUUUUUUGCGACAUCGCUCUCGAGGCGGAGCAUAGUCUCACUCUUUUUGUUCGAAACCAAAGAAAGGUACCAGCCCGAGUCGCCGACGACAAAAGGGUCACAAUCAUUGAAGGAACUCUGGAAGACGAAGAGAUUCUGAAUAACGUUUCACGAUGCGAGGCCGAUGCAUUUGUAUCGUUCGCUGGACCUCCGGUGGGAAACAAAGGCACCCCCCUUACAGACGGUUAUAGAGCCCUUAUUCCUAAACUUAUCUCUCGAGACAUCAAACGACUGCUCGUUCUAGGCACACCCUCCUUCAAAGGCUCGUCCGAUAUUCCCGCAUUCAAAUGGCGCCUUGGGGAAUUGACAAUGAAAGCUUUGGGUCCUAUGCGUGGCCAAUACUGGGAAAUGAUGGCGGUCGGGAAAUAUAUCACCUCUUUAUCAGUUGACAGUGGAGUUAGAUGGACACUAUUUCGGGUCGGGGGGUUGACAAAUGGAAAGCAGAGUCCAGUCGAGACGACUGUCUUGGGAAGUGGAAAAGAUUCCAUGUGGAUUAGUCGAGCUAGCGUUGCGAGAUGGGUGCUGGAUGAGGCUGUCGAGGAGAAGUGGGUGAGGGAAAUACCAUAUAUCUGUAAUUAA